AUGGGUUCAACGGCCUGAAAAAUUUGUGAAGUCAAAUAAACGCGUGAAUCGAAGGUGGGAAGGAAUAGGCGACUGUCUCAUCCGUCACGUCGACGCAGUCACGCGGAAUCCGAUGUUCGAUUUGCGUUUCAAGAAUUCUAAUUGAUAUUUAUUUUCGCAAAACAUCAGAUAUCGAAUGUACAAUAAUCACUCUAACGUUCCAUUUGAUAAGCACUAAGUGUCUUGCUGCGAUUUAUUGUGAAACAUCGCUCUUUCAGAAUUUUUUAAAUUCACACGAUAUACUCGUAAAAAUGCCUAGCAAUCAACGAGACGUAAUGAGCAAAAUGAGUAAGACAACACCAAAAUGUGAAGCAACGACAGUCAAGACUAAGAGUUCAGGAAGUCAACAAACUUCUAAAACUCACAAUGUAGAACAUAAGCAUGUAACAACGACUCCUUCUAAGGAAGUUUUAUUACUUGGUCAGGACCACAUUGUUGAAAUCACAGUAAGCAGUAAAAAGGUCAAGGAUCAGAAACAUAUUUCACCUACAGUGAGUUUUAGUCCUGGACAGAAGAUUGAGAAAAAAAAAUCUACGACUGUUGAAAAUAAGAACUGGGGUGAUACUUUUAGGCAACAAAAUUUGUUAUAUAUGGCAAAACAGUCUUCUAAACGUACUGAAGAUAGAGAAAUCAAAAGGAAUGUAAACAUUAAAAAACCACAAAGAAAUAUUGUCAAACAUCCUGUGAAGUCAGAAGAAAAACAUUCCAAAACUUCAUGUUGUUCAUCAGUCCUUGUUCGGGAUUGUGCUGUACAAUGUUCUGAAAUAUUUUAUAAUAAUAAUAUUGCUGAAUUUAAUCCGGUAUAUAUGUUACAUUUAAUAAAACAGUUAAAAGAACUAGUCAAUAAGAAAGAUAAAAGAACUUGUGAGAUCUUUACGGAAAUGGAACAAAUACUGCAAAAAUUACCAAAUCUAGAAAGCAAAUUAGAACCGAGUUUAAUUUCAUUAACGGAAUCUUGUAAAAAGAUGAAGGCUAUGUGUGAAUCAUUCAUAUUAGAACGAGAAAAAUUGCAAAGUGAAAUUUCAAACCGAGAUGAACGAUUAAAAGAAGCUGAUCAGAAAUAUAUAGCAUUAACACGGCAAUUUGAGGAAGCAAUUUGUAAAAAAAAUGUUACAAUGUCAGAGUUAAGGCAACAAAUUGAAAACAACGAAAGAACAAUUGUAAAUUUAAAGGCAGAUCUAGAUAAGCAAAUCGAAAUUGCAGAAAAGAAUUACAUUGAUAACAAAUAUUUAACAAUGGAGAUACAUAAGCUUUCAGAAUUAUCUUCUUAUAAAGAUAUGCUAAGUACUGAUUAUCGGCGUACAAUAAAAGAACUACAAAAUCAAAUGGCCGAGCAGUUAAAGAUUGUAAAUGAAGUAUGUCUGAAGCUGAAGGCAGGAGGCGCAAGUCCUCAAAUAUCAUUAGUCAAUAUAGGACAUGCAUGUUCGUCUCCUACGUCAAGUCUCUCUGACAAAUCCUGGCAUGAUUUAUUAGAUAUAUCUUCAGUAAAUCCUCAAGAACAGACUUUAAAAAAAGAUAUGCCAGUUAGAGAAUUUGAACUCGUUAGCUUACUCGAUGGGGAAUCAUCGUGUACUAUAAUGCCAGAUCAAAAAGUUACGAAUGAUAAUGGAACAAUAAUGCAAAAUAAUAAUGAAAAUAAUAUCGUUUCUUCUCAAAAUGUGAACGAUACGAUCGCAAAAAAAUCUGUACGUCACUCAAAGAAGAAUCACGAUAAAGAAAACGACAAAAUGAAAAAGUUUACAACACUUAAGGAAAGAAAAAAUAAUGCCAAAAAUUCAUUCCAUCUUAACGCAUCAAAAGUUUUUGAAAACAUGUCUACCAAGUCAACAGUUUCUGACGUAAGAAAGCAGAACGAUAUGCAAUAUAGGAAACCUGUUAAUAUACCAAGUCCGUUACGGGACUGUCCACAUCCUGAUUGGAGUGACAGCAGUUUACCUAGCAUUAGUACGACUUCCAAUUUAGAUAUGGUACCCUCGAAUAAUGUUUGAGAAACUAUACGCUUAAGAUUGAAUGGUAAUGGCUGAAUUCUCGAAAAUCCCAUGUAGGGAUUUAAUCCCAUAUAGAGUGUUAUUGAUAUAAUUCCCAUGAUAUUGAUUGAAUGUGUAUAUAGAUUUAUAUCUUGUUGAACUGUGAUAAACUAUCAUAAUGCAUAUUCUAGUUCAUAAUAAAAUCCAAAGCUAGUGUUUUACAUUAAGUAAAACUGCUCAAUAAUCACGAUAUUUCUGAAAAUAUUAACACGUUAAACACACAAUUUGCACGCACAUUCCUAUCGAAA